UCACAGAGAGAGACGGCGGAGAGAAGAAGAGGCAAUGACUAGCGGGUUUGCCGCGGCUUUGCACAAAGUCGCUCCGCCGCCGCCGCCUGCGCUGCUCCGGAGGUUGGGCGUGAAGGAACCGACUGGAGUUGGCAAGGUCAAAGUAAUGCUGAGGGUGGGUGCUCCCGGCGAGGGGCCCUUCUCCAGUGGGUCACAGACGUUCUCCUUGGACAAACGCAAGAAGCAAGUGAGCCUCUGUGAGACCCUCCCCACCACCGCCGCGGCGCCUGAAGACAGAAAAGUGGGGGUAGCCGCGCCUAAGAUGUUUGCAUUUGAUGCCAUUUUCUCGCAAGACGAUGCGCAGGCGGAGAUCUGCUCAAGCGCAUUGACUGACGUCAUACACGCCGUUAUCAACGGGACGGACGGUUGCCUCUUUUGCUUCGGACACGCAGGCCUUGGUAAAUCCUUCACCAUGUUGGGGCGGCCGGACUCCGCCGCUUCCCUGGGGAUCAUUCCCUGUGCGAUCACCUGGUUGUUCCGCGGCAUCACGGAGCAGCGUCACAAGUGCGGAACCCGCUUCUCUGUCAGGGUGUCAGCUGUGGAACUUUGCACGAACACCAAUCAAAUCAAAGAUUUGUUGGCGCCUUAUCAGAAUGAUUCGGAGCAGUCUCCGGGGGUGUACCUCCGUGAUGAUCCCCUAUUCGGCACCCACCUUCAGAACCAGUCAGAGUUACGAGUCCACAGCGCGGAGAAAGCCGCUUUCUACCUCGACGCGGCGUUAGCCACCAGGGGAGCGAAGGAGGAGGGCAGAGACAGCCACCUGUUAUACACCCUCCACGUCUAUCAGUACAGUAUUGGGGGAAAGGGUGCAGUUGCCGGAGGCAGAAGUCGGUUACAUUUGAUAGAUCUCGGAAAUUCUGAACGAGGAAAAACUAAUGGUGGAAUACCAUUAUCUGGCUUAGGAAAUAUAUUAUUAGCUAUUUUCAAUGGUCAAAGACAUUUACCCUACCGAGACCAUAAUCUCACGCAUGUAUUAAAAGAAUGUCUUGGAUCACUUACCUGCCACACUGCAAUGAUCGUACAUGUAUCACCGAAUACACAAAACUAUUCAGAUACAUUAACAACGUUACAAUUAGCAUCAAGAAUACAUCGUUUAAGGCGAAGAAAGGUGAAAUACUCAUCGAACAACAAUGCGGGCUCAGGAGGUAGUUCAGGUGAAGAUGCCUCUAAACCAAGUAGCAGUGAGCCUGAUCCAUCGAGCAGUGACUUAUCUGCGGACACAGUUAUAUACGUUGGUCCCUUAGAUGAUGCAACUGAUGGUGAACACCCACCUGUUUAUAUACCACAUAUAAAUUCAGGUGACAACAGAUGCGUUUUGAGCAAAGCAUUAAGAGGGUCUGCGGCUGAACACAAACAUAGAUCAUCACUAACGAGAGUGGUUGAAGAAAAAAGUCCAAUACAUAAAUUACACUCAUCGCCUAAGUCAUCACCCCUCAAAGCAGUAACACAACCAUCCAUUACUCCGAAAUCAUCACCCGUGCAUUCAACUACGUCCAAAUCAACACCAUUGAAGAAAGUAUGUACAAAACAGUUUCCAGAAGAGACAAAAAGUACUAGUGAUGAACAAUGGAUAGAUGGACCUAGAAUAUCUAAAUCCAAACUUGUCGAAGCCCGACACAUAAUAAAGGAAACGCAAGGUAAAAAACGAGAAACUUGGAUUGACGGCCCUAUGCAGAAAAAUAAAGUGAUUUUACCUUUUGACCCCCAGAUAAACCCUCAACCAAACACGUUACCCUUGCAAGUUAAUGUUCUGAGCACACAUACUGGAGAAAAUAUAGGUUAUGGGUAUAUGGAUAAUCAUAAGAAAAAUAUGAUUAGAAAAUGGGUUGAGAAUCAAACAUCGCAGAUUCAUAAAUCGAGACAUAAUUCACCCAGCCAUAAAGCUUCAAUUGGUCAUAAAGAUUCUGGACAAAAGUUAACUGAAGAUUUGGAUGUAGGUCACAAAAUGGAACCAGUGAUCAGAGACACUAGAAGAAUUCAUGUAGAAGAAUCAACAAUAAGAACUGGUUUGAAAUCAGGUUCAAAGGAUAUGACAAUUGAAGAAGAAAAUGAUGGGCAUGCCGAUCAAAAUUUAAAGAAAACUAACUCUUUUAAAGCUGUAACGAAAAAUGAACAAGAUGAAGAUGACGAUAGCGAAGAAUUAGCCGAAAUCCCUCCUGCCCUUCCUUUGAUUCAACCCAGUAGUUUAAGUAGCAGGGAAGUUUCAAUGGAGAGUUUAGACAGUAAAUAUAAGGAACGUAUGAGAAUGGAUGAUGAACUAAUUUCAAACCACAGUAGAGACCUGGAUUCACAUGGAAUUAGUAGAGGACAUAUAGAUGACGAAGAAGAUGAAAUAUUAGAAAUAAUUGAAGUUGAGGAACCAUUAGAACCAGUUCCAAUGCAAGAUAGCUGUUUACAAGUGACUGAAGAAGAUAUAGCAUUUUGUAUGGGAUAUGAACAUCCCUUUCCCGAAGCCGAUCAAGAUGAUUCUGAAGAUCACCCACUAAGGAUACUUAGUCAAGAGAAUUUGACAGUAGCUUCAACAUUCACUGAUACGUUAUCUCUUUACAGUGAAGUAGAAAGACAAAUUCGAAAAGACGCCCUUAUUAGACAAACCUUUGGGUACUAUGCUAAUAGUUUUGCUUGCGGCCAUUCCUUAGAAAAUAUAAACCCUCAUGAAAAUUUACCUACAUCUCGUUCAAGAAUCGAUGAUUUACUAGGAUUGACCGAAUUUUACAGCUCUCGACGAUUGCUUGAUGAUGAUCUCGCAGUGUCUAGAUUAGCUCCUCAAUUUCAAUCACUGUCUUUAUCAAAUGUUAGGGAUACGGAAGAAUACCAUGGUGAUGGUUCAGUCUAUAGUGAACCAGCAUACAGACCUAGUGAUAAAGUUUGUAAUAGUUGUAAACGUACUAUGUCUCGACCAGGUAGUGCUGUUGAAAAUUGUGCAUAUCAAGAUUUAGAAGUAACUAAUAAUGAUUCCUAUGGACCUUUUGAGAGAUAUCGCGGUAAUGAUUUGACUGAUGCUAGGAUAGCCAGUUUGAGGCAUCCUGAUGGUGCAUCAGACCCAAAUCUGCGGGAGGAAAGACGAAUACCUGGAAAUGGAGCACCUUCUUCAAAUUCAUUUCGUGAUUUGAAAUCCAAUUUGCAUCUAGAAGUCACUCCUCCUGUGAUAACAAAAGAACCGCGUUCGGAAAAAAAUGAAAAAUAUGACAAAAACGUAGCAAGAGUUGUAGCUAGUACUAAACCCGAUGGUUAUGAUAGUGGGCAUGAAUCAACACCUAGAACUGGAAAACAUAGCCCAGCUGGAACGUCUAGGCGGGCUGAAUCAGGAUAUGAUUCUGUACCCAGAGACUCUGAUGCGUCGUCUUUAGAUUCUUAUCCUACAAGACGCGCAGCUGUUGCUCGGGCGCAUGCCAAGAAGCACACGACAGCCAAAUACAAACAACACAGUGAUCGAUCAUUUUGUUCUUGGCUGAGGAAUCCAUUCACCUGUAAAUAUGCAGACACAGAUCCUGAAAUAAGUGAUUUUUAAUAAAAUCAUGACCUAUUAUAAAAUAUGCAAAGUUAAAUACAAAAUAUACUGAUCACUAAACUACGUUAUCGAAUUUAAUCUGGAGACUGCUUUUGUACUCUAGAUUUACUAGUAUUUAUAGGCUUUGGCACUAAUCCGAUUUAAGGUUACCACUGUAUUUUUCUAAAAAGAACUCCUUUAUAAUGGUAGUUAUCCUGAAUUGUAAAAACACAAAACGUAAUAAUAAAACAAAGUUAUCAACGAAAGUUUUUGAACUGUAUCUUUAGUAAUUGGGCUCAUUUUGUACUUUUAUACUGUCUGUAAAUUUGUUUCAUUUUCAACUUGGAUUGUUGUUGUAAGUAGCUUUUAUACGUGAAUCCAUAAAGAUCUAAGAGUCUUCCCCUGUCUUCCCAGCUAACGACUUCGUCAUAUCGUAAAAAUGCUAUAUUUUCCAUAACUGCACGAGAACUGAAUGUGUGGAGUAAUUUUAACUCCCGUUCCAAUCGUAUUACAGAAAGAUUUUUAUAUUAACAGGAGAUUUUAUUGUUACUCCUAAUUUAUUUAUGUUAUCAACAUACUCUUUAACAUAAGCUGUAUCGUAUUUACGAUCAAUGCAUAUAUAAUCUUUUAUUAAAAAAAGUUAUUAUCGAUUGGAAUGGGAAUUUCAUUAAUAUUGAAAUUAUAUGUUUAGACCUAAGACUGUCGUCUUCUCGGCCAUGUUUUAUAUAGCUUUAAUGUUUCGAUGAUGUAUCUUUUGAUGUGUCCAUUUGUAAAUAACAUUACAUUUGAUUGCAAUCAUUAGGGCUUUAUCAGAUGUUGGUAAACGAAGUUAUCGCUUUAUUAUCGAUGUUUUGUUAUGGUAAGAUUAAUAUUAUAAAUAUAUAUCCAAAAUUUUACAAUACGUUCG